UCUCCAUGCUCUGUCAGCGGUGAGUAGCUGGAUGAGGGAGAGACGGAGAAGGUGGAGGCUGCAGACAGUACUUACACAGCAGGUUUCUGGGCUCUGGUCCUUCUCGGCCCGGUGGCUGACUCUGACGGUUGUGUGCCUCUGGAAGAGGUAGAACGCAAUCUGGACUAGAGGGAAGAGAGGAGAGGAGAGGCGACAGGAAUGAGAGAGGAAUAAUAAGAAUAAGAAAAAAGGAGCGACAUCGUGAACGAGACACUGAGGAGGAGACAAACCCGGGCCAGACGACCCUUUAGCACGGAUACAGGGAGGCAAAGAGGAGGGGGAACUAACGGGAUACAGGCUGAUAAAUCACAGUAAAGAGGAGAGGCAUUAUCAGUAGGCAGGUAUGGCAGAUGCAGACCUGGACUUCCAGACAGGUGAUGCCGGGGCAUCCGCCACCUUCCCCAUGCAGUGCUCUGCCCUGCGCAAAAACGGCUUUGUUGUUCUAAAAAACCGACCCUGCAAGAUCGUUGAGAUGUCCACCUCCAAGACUGGCAAGCACGGUCACGCUAAGGUCCACAUGGUAGGCAUCGACAUAUUCUCUGGAAAGAAAUAUGAAGACAUCUGUCCCUCCACCCACAACAUGGACGUCCCCAACAUCAAGAGAAUGGAUUAUCAGCUGAUCGGGAUCCAAGAAGGCUACCUGUCCCUGCUCCAGGACAGUGGUGAGGUGAGGGAGGACCUAAAGAUCCCUGAGGGGGACCUGGGCAAAGAGAUUGAGAGCAGGCACGAAGCCGGAGAGGAGAUCAUGAUCACUGUUCUAAAUGCAAUGGAUGAAGAAGCUGCGAUCGGCAUUAAAGCCCUGGGUAAAUAAGCCACUGCAGGUAAAUACAGAGCUACAGCUGUGUGUGGACAUGCAGCUGCUUUUCAGCUCCACCCACCCACCGCCUGACCCAGCCUGCCUGAAGACGAGUGUGUGUGUGUGUGUGUGUGUGUGUGUGUGUGUGUGUGUGUGUGUGUGUGUGUGUGUGUGUGUGUGUGUGUGUGUUUGCGUGUUGUGCACCAAGCCAACAGCAUGUGCCAUGGUAGUGCGAGUGUGUGUGAUUUCAUGUUUCUGUACGACUUAUUAUUGUUCAUCAAUGAACGGAGGGGGAGGCAACUCUAGUGGACGGUACCUGAGGUUAUGUUGGAUUGUAAGCUCGUUAUAAAAGGAAAAGAAGCACUUAAAGAAUUAUGCAUAUUGACGACACUGGAAAUUUGUAUUUGUUUGACAUGGCGGUUUUAUGCAAGGACUUUUUUUUGUAUAUAUUUGUUUGAAUGGAGGGGUUUAUAAUCAGAACUAAUUGGAGGAUACCACUCUGGAUUUGCCUGCCCCCUUUCUGUAUUUUCUUUCAUGUUAACACUAUGAUGUGCAUGUGUGUCAUUUCUAAGUAGCACAGUGAAGCAGAGAUGAAAGCAUACUGUCAUAUUUGUUCUGAUGUUUUUUUUGUUUUUUUAAUUUGCACUUGAUUUUACAGCCUGUUGCUUCCUGUAUUUGUCAAGAAUCCGCUUGUAGCUUUGUUGUAACGUCCGGUCAAACUGUUUUAUGCACUUUCUCCACUUCAGACGGUGGGCUGUAGAAUAAAGUGUCCACAAAAAAAAUGUGUUUCAAAACUGCUGGUUGUGCAAUGUGUCCUCUGCAGAGGCUUCAUGAACACUGUCAUAUUAAAACACGUCUCAAGAUUUUUUUAUUUCCCCUAGCAUCCUCCUUUUCUCACUUUUCUUUCUUUCUUUUUCUUUCUUCUUUCUUUGCAAUCUGUUUCAGGGCAAACAAGAUGCACUGGACCUUGGGGAAAAAGGAGGGGAUAUUGCCUCGUCAAUGCUCUUCUCCCUCUUUUUUCUGUCUUUUCGUCUUUGUUUUUCACACUCUCUCUCCCUCACUCUGUUUUCUGACCCUUCUUUGGUCUCAUUUAGAAAAAAAAAACUUUAAUAAAUAGUUGGAAUAGUUGUCAAAAAAAUCAUUCUCUACAUACACGCACACUGACUAAAAACCACACCAGUUCGGACUGACGGCCUUCAAAAGGUCUGGAGUUGAAUAUUCAGUAGCUUCCUCCCAUCAGGGUAAAGAAAGGUGGUGAUCAUGUCACAUCUGUUUUAUUUUUUAUACAUGUUCCCCUGUUUUAUGAAGGGCUUCAACUCUACAUCUGCAGAUUUCUGUUGAGGCUUGUUCAAUGUGUGUGCCAUACAUGACAUUUUCUGUGUGGUAUCUGAACAAGCCCGUCCCUCCUCCGCUGUUUAUUCGAUCACCUGAAACUUGUCUAUUAAACAAAGGUUACAAACAAGGUACAUGGGGUUCAUUUUCUUUUUGUCUCAAGGAGUUUAAAGGGCGGAAACAAAAAUUGUAAUUUGCAGAGGCUGUUUAGAGUCCACACGGAGCAGUUGGAUGAAAGUAGAGAGGCAUUAUUAAGAAGAACAAUUAAGUUUGAGCAACAAUUCAGGACGUGUGUGCAGAUUGUCUGCAAACAAAUAAAGGCGACACAAAUUGUUGGUUGCGGUAUUUUCAUUUUUGUUUAUUUAGCAACCUAAGAGCUUUAAACUGCAGAGACUUGUAAUUGUUUUAUAAGAGAAAAUUCAAAAAAUAAACAAGGAAAUGCUCCGUAA